AUGUACAACUAUCCGUGGGCUGAGCCCAGUUGUGUUACGGACCAAGCGAUAUCCCCUCCUGUGCCUGGUGCCAUCAUCUCUUCCGAUCAUAUCUUAUCAGAUCAAAUCUCGACCUUGGCCAAGUCAGUGCCAGAGGCAGGAAUCGCACUCGGAUCAACCCAGAAAUGGCACGGUCUGACCAUGGAAAAUACCCAUUUCUUGGCCGCCCAGCAUGCCCAGAUCAUGCCUGUGGAAGCGGGGUCUCAUUUCCUGUCAGACGGUCACAUUCUCCCAGUUUCAAGCUCACAUCUGCUCCAACUCGACGGUUUCCGCAACUGCGAUAUCGGAUCUUGGGUAUCACAUCCAAUUCCCUACGAGCACUCGUACGGUGACGACUUCAAGGUGGCUUCCAUAUCAGCUGCAAGUGAAGUCGAUGGUCCUGGGACGGCCUUUACCAGUCCAAUCCAGGGCCAGAAGAGAAAUGCCUCCAUUGCUGGGUUUGACAGCUCACCGGCCACCGCCAGUGCCGAGUCACCGGACCAUGGCGACGACGUCAACGGCAGACGGCGACCUGUGAAGAGGGCUUGCAAUGAAUGUCGCCAGCAAAAGUUGCGAUGUGAUGUCGUUCAAGAGCCAUUCGGAGAAUGCACUCGGUGCAAACGUUUGUCCCUCGAUUGCAAGAUUGAAGACAACUUCAAACGCGUUGGCAAGAGAUCACGCAAUGCCGAGAUGGAAAGAGAGAUCAUUGAACUGCGCAAGCAGGUGGCUCAACAACAGACAACCAAUAAAGCGAACCGGCCUUUGCAGAACGGCUCAUCGACCUUGUCUCUACAUGAAAACAUGGGUUCCUUCACUCACGAAGCCGUCGCUGGCCUCCUUGAUCUCAAGGGUGGCACCUUUGACAAGAGCCCUGGUGGUCGACAGAUUUUCAAACGUCUAGAGGACGUGACUUUGACACAAGAUCGAGUCAACGAACUGUUUAAACGCUUCUUCGCCUUUCAUCACCCCUUUCUUCCAUUUUUAAACCCCAAUCGAACACCAGACGAGUACGAGACGAGAUCCCCUCUUCUUUUCUGGACGAUAAUAACGGUGGGUGCUCGCCACUUCACACCAGAGGCUGGUCUGUUCUCAGCUCUCUCCGGUCCUCUGACACGCUUGGUCUGGUCAACGAUUGCAGACGUCCCUCAAAACUAUCAUGUCGUCAAGGCACUCAUCUUGUUAUGUGCUUGGCCAUUGGCAACGACCAGCACCUCAACCGAUCCUACAUUCAUGCUAUGUGGAAUGAUGAUGCAGAUUGCCCUUCAGAUUGGUUUGCAUCGUCCCACUCAUGCCCAGGAUUUUACCAAAUUCCGCAUCGAACUCCGAGAAGUGGAAUUACAGGAUCGAGUCGUGGUAUGGACCGUAUGCAAUCUGGUCGCCCAGAGAAUAUGCACAGCCUAUGGACAACCUCCACUGACGCAUUACGACUGGACUCUGGGUCCCAAACCCAUCGAGACAAAUCCAAACUAUGAAUUACCAUCCCCCAUCUAUAAUCGCUUACUCAUCGAGAAGUUUGUGGACAAAGUCUCGAGGACUCUGUACAUGAAUCCUCACGAUCCUGUAGGUUUGGCGACCGAUGCAGAACGCCCUACAUACGUUUCUUUCCUGGCGCACGAUUUAAAAGAACUCGAAGAUACACUCGAGAAAGAUGACUCACCAAUCACCAAGAUAUAUCUUCGAGCGGCAUGUUUGCACAUGAGGCUGAGUGCGUUCUUUUCUCCUCCAACUCUACCUUCUUAUCGUGCCGACAUGCUCAAAUUAUACUAUGCCACCACCGACUUUCUCGAGGCUUGUUUGAGCCUGGAGUCCAAGAGUAGCGUUUCAAUGGUGGGAUCAGGUUAUGCGCAUGGACUGGCUCUGACGCAUGCAACCAACUACAUCUUCCAUAUGAUGUUGGCGGCAGGCUUUUCACUUCUCAAACUCAUGCACAACUUUCUAGAUCAACAUGAGCUAGAUGUUCAGGGGGCUUCUAAUCUACUAUCACGUACCGUGUGGGCAUUACACACCAUGAGCGUGGUUGAGAACGACUUGGCUGAGAGAUUGGCCGAGGUAUUGGCUCAAGUCUGGAAGACUAGUAAACCUAGUCCUGCCAAUAGCGCUACCAACGGUGAAGCAGACGACAGCUUACAACUCAAGGUGAAGUGUCGUAUGUCUAUGUCAUUGGUAUUCGACUCAGUAUGGCGAUGGCGUCGCAAUGCGCAGUUUCGUGAUGGCAAACCGUCCGACAUGCGUGAUCGAGAUCCCAACUUAAGACACUUGGAUGAUGCGGUAGCCAUCCCAGUUACUCCUAUGGACGAUGGUAAGGCUACUACGACGAACGACCCCGACCUCUCGACACCAGCAAUUGUCCCAGGCAUGGCGGGCAUGGCAACAGGAAUGGUAGACGAUUUCAGCAUGGAUUAUGGACAAGCCAGUUACGAUGUCUUCGAUCCCUUAAACUGGAUGCUUGAUGGGAUCGUCGAUUUCCCUUAUAAUUUCAAUCACGUCCCGCCCAAUAAUAUUUCGGGUAUAGAAGCAUUGGGAAAUGGGUUGUGA